UGACUGGGAUGGUUUUGCUUGUGGUGGUUCGAUUCUUGAUGAAUAUACUAUAUUGACAGCGGGACACUGUCUCUAUAGGGUGAUAACAGACGACUCAUACAUCCGAUAUGGAAACUCAAACAUGUACAAGGGCGAUAAAAUUCAUAUAAUCAAGUAUAUUCGACACGAGAAGUUUAAGGAUAUGUCUCCCCUUCACUACGAUAUCGGUUUAUUGAAGCUGGAAACACCCAUUCCGUUCAGUGAAAUUGCUCGACCGGUCCAGCUACCCAAAGCUAGUGAUGGUACACCAGUCAACAAAACGGGCAUUGUGGUUGGUUGGGGCGAUAGCGGAGACGGGAGCAUAACAAAUGAUCUACGAAAGUUAGACGUAAGCGUUUUUGAUGAUGCAGAGUGUUUGGAAGAUUACGACAAUAAAACUAUAGGUAUAUUUGUAGACACUGACAUUGAGUUUUGUGCUGGAUAUAGGAAUGGACAAAAGGGAGCUUGUCACGGUGAUUCUGGUGGACCCCUAAUCGUUGAUGGGGUGCAGUAUGGAAUCGUGUCCAGGGGCCAUGAUUGUGCGCAGAAAGAAUAUCCUACAGUUUACACCAGAGUUUCAAAAUUUCUUGACUGGAUUGAAAGUCAUAAAUGAUAGAAAUGUUGAAAAUGAGAUUAUGACUUGAUUAAAAUAAAAUGUUCCAAUAUUCAGUUGUA